AUGCACGGUAUCACGCUCAACAACGUUUGGAGCAAGGUCUUGGGCAUUUUCGCCUACGGUCUGCUGGAGUUGAUAUUGUUUGGCGUGUUGGCCACCAUCAUCCGACGCAACAGCGGCAUCCGGGCGCUGUACCAGUUGGCCUUCGUUCUCGAGACUCAGAUGCCGCUAGUGCAAGCCAAAUUCGCGCUCUGGGUGAUGAUGAUGCUGGCCUUCCGAGUCACGCAUUUCGCUCUGAUGGCCGAUGACUUCGCCUCCGGGAUCGUUCACUUCAAUUUGCGGCGUCCUCGUCAAGCGACCAACACUACGACCAACACUCCACCAACUUCAACUUCAACUCAAAUCAUGGCUCCCGCUGCCCCGCCAGUCGCCACCACGAGCAACGGAGCCCCCUUACCUCCCUCUGGGCUCACCGCUUCGGCCACAGCUGGCCCGCGCGGCCCCAUCGUGCUGCAGGACUUCGCUCUGCUGGACCACCUCGCGCACUUCGACCGGGAGCGGAUCCCUGAGCGCGUCGUGCACGCCAAGGGCGCCGGCGCCUUCGGCUACUUCGAGGUCACGCACGAGACGGCCACCAAGUACUCGCGCGCCAAGCUGUUCUCCUCCGUGGGCAAGUGCACGCCCGUGGCCGUCCGCUUCUCGACCAUCGGAGGGGAACUGGGCAGCGCCGACACGGUGCGAGACCCGCGCGGCUUCGCCAUCAAGCUCUAUACGGAGGAGGGCAACUGGGACCUCGUGGGCAACAACACGCCCAUCUUCUUCAUCCGCGACCCGAUCCUCUUCCCGAGCUUCAUCCACACGCAGAAGCGCCUGCCCAGCACGCACCUCAAGGAUACCAUGAUGUGGGACUUCUUCUCGCUGCGUCCGGAGACGUUGCACCAGCAGACCUUCCUCUUCUCGGACCGCGGCAUCCCGGACGGCUUCCGCCACAUGAACGGCUACGGCAGCCACACGUACGUCAACGUGAACGCCCAGGGAGAGGUUACCUACGUCAAAUAUCACUUCAAGACGGACCAGGGCAUCCGCAACCUGCCAGUGGACGAAGCUGCCGCUCUCGCGAGCUCCGACCCGGACUACGCCAUCCGCGACCUGACUUCCCCACCUGGACGCUACGAUGACGCCCGAGCAAGCGGCCAAGGAGAGCGUGAACCCCUUCGACGUCACCAAGGUCUGGCCGCACAGCGCGUAUCCGCUGCAGGAGCACCAAACCGACCGGUGCUGAACCGCAACCCGAAGAACUACUUUGCCGAGGUGGAGCAGCUCGCGUUCUCGCCGUCGCACAUGGUGCCCGGUAUUGAGCCCUCGCCCGACAAAAUGCUGCAGGGACGACUGUUCUCGUACCCGGACACGCAGCGGCACCGACUCGGACCAAACUACCAGCAGAUCCCAGUGAAUAAACCCCUCAACGAGCUGCGGACCUACCAGCGCGACGGCUUCAUGACGGUCGACGGCAACAUGAACGACGCGCCCAACUACUUCCCUAACAGCGUCGGCGGACCUGUUGAAAGCCCCGCAUUGCGCUACCACGCGUACCAAGGGGAUCACUCGGUGGUGGACAAGUUCUCGACGGCGGACGACGACAACUUCUCCCAAGUGGGGACUUCUACCUGCAAGCUCGCGCCAUUGCCAACUUCUGCAAGGCGGACCCGGACUAUGGACUGA